AUGUCGCAUCUCGCUCCCUUUACUGUUACCAAGGCUUCGGACGGCCGUUUGCUCACAAAUCUUAGCAUCGAGGGCCAUGGCAGCCCCUGGAAUUUUCGAAUGUUGGCCGAACCUGAGCUCACGCAAGAGCUCCUGCGACAUGCAAACCCAAAGUCCUCCAGUGCAUCUGACCUUCGGGUCGAUAGCGUGUGGUUCCAGCCGGCUCAGGGAAAAGAGAACGCCUCCCAAGACCGUGUUUAUGCAGGCACUUGCGAAAUAGACGGAGAAAAAUGGUCGCUCGCAGGAGUUUUUGACGGUAGGUUUCUUGGCUUUGGUCACAAGAGCAGCCAAUUAACCAUUCCUGAAGGCCAUGCUGGCGAAGAGUGUGCCGAAUAUGCUAUUAACAACUUCCCAGAGUACAUCAAACGUGCCCUCUCUGGAGUACGGCCAAAGGAAGAUAUCUCUUCCCGGCUGGUCGAUGCUUUUGCAUCUUUCGACGACUCAAUCAUUCAGCCGAUUCGCGACUUAUUCCCAGAUCCGGAUGCUCUUGCCUCUAUACCAGAUGAGCAGCUUGAAGCUAUGGUCAAUGACCAUGCCUGUGGGGGCGGGAACUAUGAAAAGAUCAUCUUGGCCAUGCGCGGCACGACUGCGGUCAUCUCGCUAGUCGACCCCAGUCGUAAGAACUUGUGGGCAGCUGGAGUUGGAGACUCUCGGGCAGUGCUUGGUAUUAAACGACCCGAUGGCAGUUGGCUCGCUCGUGACCUGGUAGUACAACAUAAUGGAGGCAAUGAGUCCGAGUUACAGGCCGUACGGGAUGCCCAUCCCAACGAGCCCGAGAUCACCUUGCGGAACCGUGUCCUAGGAGCCAUCGCAGUUACCCGAGCUUUCGGAGAUGUUGCCUUCAAGCUUCCGGCCGCCUAUACUCGUCAUAUUUUCUUAAGAGCCAAGCCUGGUUUCCGUGUUCACUCAUCAGUCGAAGCGUUUACUACUCGCAACGUUACCCCACCUUACUUGAGCGCGAUCCCAGAUAUUGCUCAUGUCGAGCUUGCUGGCGAUUCUGAAGGUAUUCCCCGCUUCGUUCUUUUGAUGUCUGAUGGUGUUGUCGAUGAUCACGUCGUCCAUAUAAGGGGAGAGAAUGAACAAGAAUCGAUUCAAAAAUGGGUCGAACUCGUCGGAAGCCGUCUCGAUUCUAAGGAUUGGGCAACCAAUGGCCCUGAUAACCUGGCACUUCCUGUCCUACGGGAGGUGUACAGUGGCUCGAAUAAUGCGCAUUUAUCCGCUUUCCUUACGUUGGAGUCGGAUUCCAAGUGGCUCGAUGAUACAAGCAUCCAGGUUGUGGUGUUAUAA